AUGGGCAUUCGAGAUAUAGCACUUGCAGCAGCAGCAUCGGCCAUGGCGGCUGCUUCCUUGACCUAUUGGCUGAUGCUGCCACGACGACGACACUCAUCUCCCAAAGAGAAUAAUCCCAAAGAAGAAGAACCGUUGUCCCCUCGCUUGGGUCUUCACGAUUUGAAUCCCAUCCUGCAAACCGCCGGUCGAGCCAAGGAACCCCGAGUCGCAAAGCGAUAUUUCCGCAAUCAACCGAAUAAAACCCAUGUGAUUCGCAUAGCGCUGACGGGAGGUCCUUGUGCCGGCAAGUCGUCGGCGUUGAAUUACGUCCGGCAACGCGCCACGGCGGCUGGAUUUGAUGUCUACUGUGCUCCCGAAGUCGCGACGCUCUUUUUGAAUUCCGGAGUGGGAUAUCCCAAAUCAGCCGAGCAACAAUAUACCUUUCAAAGUUCCAUUUGUAUCUUGCAAUUGGCGCUGGAACGGACUCUGACUACCAUAGUCCAAGGAACCGGACGUCCUUCCAUUAUCAUUUACGAUCGGGGCAUUCUGGAUACCAAGGGAUAUGUCGACAAUGACACGUGGCAACGCAUCCUGUCCGAACUCAGUACCAGUGGAGCCACCGAUGCCGCCGAACGUCCCGGUCUCUUCACCAUGGGUGUCACGGAAGAUUACGUUCUGAAACGGUACGAUGGAGUCGUCCAUUUGGUCACGGCGGCCGAAGGAGCUCAAGAAUUCUAUAAAAGUGGACAAGUUACGGACGAUUCGGGGGCCGCCGUCGUUCGCGUCGAAACACUGCAAGAAGCCUUGACGUUGGAUCAUAAAAUGAGAAAGGCAUGGUGUGCACAUCCCCAUCACAAUGUUAUUGGAAAUGAAGGAUCCUUUCAAGACAAAUUAAAUGCCACGGUGCAAGUCAUUCUGAAAUUGGCCGAUGAAACACAUCCUGCCGAAUGUCAACGAGCACGCAAAUCCAUGUACCAGCCAGCAUAG